AUGGGUUUAAAAUGGGUUAAAAGUCAUUUUAAAGUAUCAAUUUCUGAGUUUGACUCUAAAAUAAAAUACUCUAAAAACAUUCCCAAUGAUUAUUUCAUUAUAACUGCUGAAGCACCAGGAAAGGAAUCAGUAUUAAGGACUAAGUCUCAAAGUGAGGAUUAUCAUUUCAUUGAUUAUGGUUCUGAAAGUUAUCGUAUAAUUGGAAUUUUUGAUGGACAUGGUGGAAGUAAUUCGUUAUUUGCAAAAGAAUCAUCUCAAAUUUUAAUAAACAAAAUUCACGAGUUAAUUCCAAAAAUUGAAAAUAAUACAAAAGAUAAAGAAAUUCAAGAUAAAUUGACAGAAUCAUUUAAAUUAACAAAUAAAGAAAUAGCUAAGAUUAAGGAUAGUUCAUCUCAAGGUACAACUGCUACUAUUGCAAUAAUAUCUUCCAAGAAAUUAUAUGUGGCACAUGUUGGCGAUUCUCCUGCUUAUAUCGUCGAUUCAAAAAAUGAGUCUUCAACAAUUACUAAAAAUCACAACUGUCGUAAUGAAGUUGUAGUCAACAAAGAUAAUAGUAUGCUUUCUAAUUAUGGUCUGCAAGUAACACGUUUCUUUGGUAACAAAUUCUAUAAUCAAUAUAACUUACAUAAUGAAAUUCCUGAUGUAACUGAAAGAUAUUUAAAGGAAAUGAAUUUUAUUUUAUUGGCUAGUGAUGGUGUAAGUGAUGCAGUAGAAAAUUAUAAACUUUUACCAAGUGAUAUUUUUCUAAAUUUUCUUAAAAAAUCUUAUGAAGAGAAAGCGAACAAAAAAAAAAUUUCAAAAUUAGAUCACAAUAGUAAAGAAAAUUUAUAUAAAGAUCAUCCAUUAUUACAAUCUAGUAAAAAAUUUUUAGAUUUUUGUAAUAGGAUGUCAAACGACGACGUUACAUUUAUAUUAAUAAUAUGUCUGAAUGGUAGAAAAUUAGAUGAUUUGUGUGAAGAAAUGAUCAAGACUGCAGUUGAUGACACAGAAAAAUUUAAAAAAACUGAAUCAGAAAAGGCGAAUCAAAAAGUAAUAACUUCAAAAUAUUUAGACGCUUCAUCUGAAUCAUCAUCACAUGAUAAUCUUCAGACCCUUGAAAAAUUAAGAAUCGCUCGAGCUUCACAUGAAGACCUUUUAAAAGAUGAUUCAACAGAAUUUUUGACUUUGGAAAGCGCUGCGUAG